CUUUUCUUCAGAUCUUCACCGUCGACCUUCGAUCAGCAGGCUUGAGAUGAGAAUACACGUAUACACGGAGUUACAGUUGAUUUUUCCCAUUUCGAAAUCGAAAAUCUGAAAAACUGGAAACAAGUUGCGCUUUGCAGAAGAAACUAGCAAGUACAAAAUAUCAGAUACUCAAAAGGAACUCAAAAUUCAUCAUCUUGUACAAAAUUCAAGAUUCCCUUUUUUCACUUUCAUUUCCUCUCUCUACGUUUUUCGGUGCAGAUCGUUAGUGUGUGAAUUUUUCUGUGUAAGGAUGAACUGUCGGGGUCUGUUUUGAACUUCGAUCUUAGUUGCAACUUAAGUUUCUGCUACUCAAUUUCUGCGUCUUUUUGAGUGUUGAAGUUGGUGAAAUUUCGUAUUUGAAGUUUUGGAGGUUAAUUGGUGGAUUCACCGGUGGUGGGUGAGCGUUUGUGUGAAAUUCAGGGUUUUUGAUUUUUGGGAUCUGGUGUGAGCAUGGGGUUUGAAUGUCAAUUGGACUUGAUUUUGCACUUAGGUCCUGAUUGAAGUGAACCAGCUGGGUUUUUAAAGUUAUUUAUUUAUUGGUUUUUUCUUUUUUUAAAUGUAUGUUGGAAUAAAUUAGGAGAAGAAGAAGGGUUUGGCUAUAGUUAUAGGAUAAAGAUUGUUUGGGGAGAGAGCAAGAUGUUUUAUUCGCAGUUUAUAUUGGCAAAAAAGGGGCCUCUGGGUACCAUAUGGAUAGCCGCCCAUUUGGAGCGGAAGCUGCGUAAGAAUCAGGUUGCUGAUACAGAUAUUGGAGUCUCCGUAGAUUCAAUUCUUUUCCCCGAUGCUCCAAUUGCACUUCGGUUGUCUAGCCAUCUUCUGCUUGGAGUAGUGAGGAUAUAUUCUCGAAAGGUGAGCUACCUCUUUGAUGAUUGCAGUGAGGCUUUACUGAAGGUUAAGCAAGCUUUUCGCUCUGCUGCUGUGGAUUUACCUCCAGAAGAAUCAAAGGCACCAUAUCACUCCAUCACCUUGCCAGAGACAUUUGAUCUUGAUGAUUUUGAGCUGCCCGAUAAUGACAUUUUCCAGGGUAACUACGUUGACCAUCAUAUUAGUUCAAGGGAGCAAAUUACCCUUCAGGAUACUGUGGAUGGUAUCGGUUACUCCACGUCAAAGUUUGGACUGGAUGAGAGGUUUGGGGAUGGUGAUGCUUCUGGAUUGGACCUUGAUGAGGUAUAUAUUCACACUAUUGAUGCUGUUGUAUUUUUUUGUAUUGCUUUAUAUUUAACACUGUUAUAAUGCUUGAUUUUAUCA